UCAAUUCAAUGAAAUAAGGAAAAGUGAGAAUGUCAUUGAUAACGAUAUGUUAUCAAUUCUUAUUUGUCCUAUUUUUAUUUUAAUUAAUCGAGGGAGGAUGUGCUAAGUAGGAUUAAUUAUUUUAAGAUGAAAUGUUUAAUCUUGUCACACUGUUCAUAACUAUUUGAGGAUAUCCAACAGUGAAAAAAUUGAGGUUAUUAUUUUCGAAAAUUUUAUUUCUUUAUUGUUAUUUAAGAACGGAAUCAAAACAUGAAAAUGCCUCCAACGGUUGAAGUUGAAAAUAAGGCUUCCAAGCUUCUAAAUCCUGAAGAAAAUAGUCAAAUAUUCAGACUAUUGGGCAAUAGAUGUCAAACUCUGUCUACAGCAGUUAUCCAGCUUUUUUUUACUGAAGCUCCAAACCAUUCUUAUUGGUUACGAAAAGAUACAGGGGUAUUAUGUUUUGUUAAGGACAAUAUUCGAAAAAAUUAUUUUUUUAGACUUUUUUGUCUCAGAAGAAACAAUAUGAUUUGGGAACAUGAGAUGUACAACAAUCUCGAAUAUAAUGAAACUACAUCAUUUUUCCAUGUAUUUGAAGGCCAGGAUUGCUUGAUUGCCUUCAAUUUUGCUAACAAUGAAGAAGCUAAAGAAAUGAAAAAGGUUGUAGAUAUCAAAAUAUACGCUAAAAGGAAAAAAGAAGAAAGGAGAAGACAAUAUAGUAGAAAUAUCAAUAAUGUUGCCAAUAGCAAUGUCAAUAAUUUAAAGCCCACAAACCCACAAGACUUCGUAGUUAGAAAAGUACCAGACUUGGCUGCAAAGCAAGCAAAAAGGAGACGUAACAUCACCAAAGCUGACAUAGGAAGCCCUCAGGAUUUCAAACAUCUCUCUCAUGUUGGUUGGAACCCUGAUUCUGGGUUUGAUGUCGAUGGGGUGAAUGACCAGUUGAAAAAGUUCUUCGAAAAGGCUGGUGUAUCAGAAAAAGAAUUGCAAGAUAAAGAAACAAGAGAGUUCAUUUACGGGUUCAUAAAUGAGAGGGGUGGUUUUGAUGCUGUGAAAAAGGAGAAUAUUGAAUCGAGCCAACCAAAUAAAAUAAAUAACAACAUAUCAUCGACUCCUCUGCCGGUGCCACCUGUACCUCCCAGAGGUCCUGGAAAACCACAUGUGAGGGCUGCUCCUCCGCCACCUCCUAGUGGACCUCCUGGAAGGCCACCAGCCAAGAUACAGCCAGAAAAGCCAAGUCUUCCAACAAACAAUAUCUCAGCUCCGCCACUGGCACCUCCACCACCUCCACUCCCAACGAAUUUGAUACCUGCGGCACCUCCUCUGAAUGAAGCCCUGUUGGAGAAUUCAAGGCCGCCUGCACCUCCGGGUGAUAUGAAUGCAGCACUUCUACAAAGUAUAAGGGAUGGGACAACUCUCAAGCCGCUCGAAGAUCGAAAAAUUGCUGCUGCUGCAGCUCCCGUUGAAGCAAGGAACGAUCUUCUGUGUGAAAUAAGAAAAGGUUUUUCGCUCAAACCGGUUCAGGAAAGAGAAGUUAAGCAAUUGAAUCAACCAAUUGAAAUCGGGCCUACAGAUUUAGCUGGUGCAUUAGCUAGGGCGUUAGCUGAACGAAGUAAAGCUAUCCACUCGGAAGAUGACGAUAGCGAAGGGGAAGAUUCGAACGAUGACGAAUGGGAUUGCUAAGCUAGACAAAAUUUGAAUAAAAUCUUAUUUUUUUUCA